AUGCGUUUUCUCUGUCUGCACGGAAAGGGAAUGAAUGCCGAGGUUCUUCGAAGCCAAAUGGCAAGGAUUUGCGAAUUCUUUACGCCAGACCAUGAGUUCAUCUUCGUGAAUGGUCCUGUCCCCCGAGAGCCCAUGGCGGGUAUAGCUCUUAAAACCAGGCAGUCUGAUGAACGUUUUUUUGGUUUUACUCCUGAUGACCCUGCCUUGUGCGGCCAGAUAAUCGACAGUGUUUCCAAUUUCAUGGCGAGCGCUAAGCCUUUUGAUGGCAUUAUAGGUUUCUCCGAGGGCGCCUGCGUUGCAGCUACUAUCAUGAUAGCCGACGAACAGCUUCCCCAGCCCGUUUUUAGACUAAAGUGUGGAAUCUUCUUCUGCGGGCUGUCUCCUAUUGAUAUACAGUCAUGUUCCGAUGGUAAAGAGGAGCCGAGGUUUUUAAAUUAUGAUGAAGACGGCGUGAUGCUCCGAGUUCCCACAGCGCACAUCUGGUCAACUGAAGGUGGCGAGUUCGCGAACAUGGGCAAAGGUCUUGUUACAGUUAGUGACGAGGGCUUAAGGGAGGAGUCCAUUCAUCAGCUAGGCCACGAAAUCCCUGGGUCUCGGUCAGAUGAAGGAUUAGAGGAUGCUAUAAGAGCUAUUGAGCGAACCAUUGAGAGAGCUAAAUAA